AUGGUGCGCAGCACGAGGCCUCAGACCGCCAAGUAUCUGCGUAGUGUGGCGCUGGGGGAGGUGGCGCUAGCAGACAAGCUUGCCAGCUGGGCGGCGGCGCAGGAGAAGCAGAUGGCGUGCGAGGCGGCCAAGUGGCAGUGGGCCACUGCCGCCCAGUGGGCCCUCGCUCUCACACUCACGUCUUCCCAGAGGGACCUGCAGGUGGGUGCUCUAGAGGUGCUGUGGGUUGCAGUCCGAGAGUGGCGGUGGGCCACAGCAGCCCAGUGGGCUCUGGCUCUCACGCUCACGUCCUCACAGCGGGACCUGCAGGUGCGUGCUAUGACCGUCAUGCAAACCUUAGCAAGGUGGGGAGAUGGGGGAGAUGAAGAGGCAAUGUGCAACGACAACGAGGGGGAGGAAGGAGAGAACAGCGCACUAGUGGCCGUCACACAGUCGCCAACCUUCCAGAGAGGUGUGCUAGAAGAGACAAGGGAUGCCGCCCAGGUGCUGCAGGCAGUGCUUGGGGCAGCGCAGCAAGGAGAUCUCGUCAGCGCUGACGAGGCGACAGCUGUCGGAAGACAAGUGGUGGACGGCUGUCAGCCGCGUGGUGCAGGGGCUGGCCGUGAUGGCGAGGCAGGCCUAGCCCUGAUGGCGAAGCAGGUGCAGGCGAAGCUCGAGGCAGACGGCAGUCUGAGAGACUCUGCCAGCUCAGCAGGGGCGGUUGCGGGUGGCAGGUGGGCGCAGCUCGCAGCAACGGGGGAGGAGAUGGCGGGCGGCAGAGUGCCUGGUGGUGGCACAUGGGUGCGCCUGGUAGCUACUGGGGAGGAGACGGCGGUCGGGAGGGUUGUGUUACUGGGAGGAGGGAGGGGUUGCUGCACUGUGCAUGGGGGCAGAGUGGUGUCUAUGGGGGAGGGGAGCCGGUUGGGGGGGGAGCGGAGCUGGUUGGGGGGGGAGCGGAACCGGUUGGGGGGGGAGCGGAGCCGGUUGGGGGGGGAGCGGAGCCGGUUGGGGGGGGAGCGGAGCCGGUUGGGGGGGGAGCGGAGCCGGUCGGGGGGGGGAGCGGAGCCGGUUGGUGGGGGAGGUGAGGCGGACGGGGGCGGCGGAGAAGCAGAAGACGGAGAAGGGGAGGGGGAUGGGGGAGGAGGAGAGGGGGAAGGGGAUGUGGUGGGAGGCGGAGUGGGCGAGGAGGCGGAACCGGAGCAUUGGGACUGGCAGCCUGCGCCGCAGUGA